AUGGACAGACAGUGCUACUCCUUGGACUUUGCGCGUGUUGCGGGUUUGCCCUGCUUUAGUGAUGGUAGCUCGCCAACCAUCGGGCAGCCCAACAAAAAACUUUCUUCUGGGGCCUCCUUUGGCUUUGGCUGUGAAGCCAUUACCCAAGCGUUGCUUGCGGCUGGUGUUGUUGCUCCUCCUGUUGCCUCAUUUGCUCCUCCUGUUGCCUCGUGUGCUUCUCCUGUUGCUUCGGUUGCUCCUCCUAUUGCCUCUGUUGCCUCUGUUGCUCCUCCCGUUGCUUCUGGUGCAGCUCCUGUGGCCUAUGCUGCUUUUCCUGCGGCCUCUGGUGCACCGCCUGUGGCCUCUGCUGCUUUUCCUGCGGCCUCUGCUGCCUUUCCUGCGGCCUCUGCUGCUUUUCCUGCGGCCUCUGCUGCUCCGCCUGUGGCCUCUGUUGGUCUUCCUGUGGCCUCUGUGGAUCCUCCGGCACCUUGUGUGGCUUCUCCUGGGGUCUCUGUUGUUGCUCCUGUUGUUUGUGUUUCUCCUUCUGCGGCUGUUGUUGCUGUUUCUGCGGCCUCUGUUGCCCCUCGUGAGGUGACUACUGUCGAUUCUGGCUUUUCGUGGAGUUCUUUUGCUCCUUCCGUGACUGGUCCCUUUGUCUUCGGUUCGUCGGUCUGUUCGCCUUUGCCUGCUCUUGCCCCUUCGGGUAUUGCGCAAUUGGUUGGUGCCUCUUCGGUUGGCGUAUCCGCUAGACCUGCUCCUGCAGUUGCUUGUUCGGUUGCUGGCUCCCUUCCUGUUUCUUCUGCUGGCGAGACCUUCUUCGCCAGAUUAGCUGCCGAUGAAGACGAAUAUUUGGACUCGCUGGCAGAAGAAAUAGAUAAACUUCUUGAUCGAGAUUUCGAUUUUUAA